AUGAGUGAGCGAGAUACUCCAAAGAAGACCGUCAACAAAGGAAGAAGGCAAAAACCUUUGUCUGUGAAUGAUUUUUGCAGGUUGUGUAAAUGUCCUUUGAAAUUGAAAUUCGGAAAUUUUGAGAAAACCUCAUACGUAUCUUCUGAACAGCUUUUCAAGCCACCAUAUAGGAAAGAUUGUAGUGAGAAGACUUUGUGUGAACUGCUGACGGAGUUAAAUAUAUUCGUUGAAAGGAAAGCAGAGUUAUCUGAACGGGUUUGCAAAUCUUGUGGUCGGAAAAUACGCAAUGCAAACGGCCUGUUUGCGUGGAUAAUUUCUUUGGUCAACGUGCCUAAUUUUGACGAUGAAAACCCUGGCAGAGAGAAACGACUAUUACCGACAACAGUAGAUAGCCCUGAACGCAGUCCGCAAGCAAAAAAACAACCGAAACCUUCAAUCGAAAGAAGAAGAUGCGCCAAAAAAUCAUUGUUUUCAAACGACAAUAUUAGGGAUUCAGAAUCAAAAACAACCGAAGGUGAUGCCGACGAAAAUAAUGAAAAAGAUGAUGGCGCUGCCGAUAAUUUUCUAGCGGCAAUGAACAUCGAACAGCUUGUUCACCAAAAAACGACCACCCAAGUAAAAGUUGUCAUUGCUAGUCCCAAUGGUCGGGUGCAGAAAAGCCAUGAAUUUGAUGACAUAACGAAAUCGUUAAUAGUAAACGUCGUGAAUAAAAAAUGGAAAACUGUUGCGAACGUAUUUUACAAACAUCCAUGUUUGCGAAAGGAAUUGUUUGAGCCACUGAGAAAAGCAGUUGCCGCUGAAUUUAAGAUGUAUUGCAGCAAUAGUUCGGAAUCAAUGAUGAAACAGAAUAGUCCUGAGGACUUGGAAUCAUUUUCGAACAAGUUUUUAGUUAAUGAGGUGCGACAAUCGUGUCCACUUUGGAUGGCUUGUGUGUCGGGCGCAUGCAAUGCUAUAAACUCUGAAAUGAAAGUAAAAGAAAUCAACGCGAUUGCUUUGGCCUCCGCCGUCGCAGCCCGAUGUCGAAAUCAAAAGAUGUCAGCAGUGGCAUAUCGCAUUUCUUCUCUUCUAAUUCAUAGCGGUACUAAAUACAAUGACAUUCGGCGUUUGAAUAAACUUUCUGUUUGCAUGUCUCCUGAAAUGAUUAUCGAGAUGGAAAGGAAAAUGGGCGAAAGCUGCGAAAGGUUCUUGUUUGGAAGAAAGAGAUCGAAAACAACCGAAAAGCCAUGCUACUUCUGGGAGAAACAAAGGAAAAACAAGUCCGUGUGCCAAACGAGGAUGAUAUGGAAGUUGAAUCUACAGUAUGUUUUUCUAAGGAAACAGUAUCCGAUUAUACAACAUUUGCUACUGACACUUAUAAUCAUUGCAAGGAAGUGCUAAAAGCAGUUGCUAACAGCGAUUGCACUAUCAACGAUGACCAUUUGGUAGAAGCAAUAAACCUUUUGUCAUGCGAAAAGCUUCCAUUGUACAAGUAAGUAAUUGUCACUUUUAUUUCGACUUGUGUUUAGAAAACAAACGAAUUAUAAUAUAAAUGUACACUAAUUGUGUACUCUAUCAAUUAUACGCCAGCGAAAAAUGUUCCUUUUAUAAUAUUUGUUUUUGUGACAUGUAUAUAAAUUAGUUUAUUGCAAAGCGUUAUAUUUCUAUUUUUAAAUCGUACUCUGAAGCAUACAAAGAAUCUAUUAAUGUUUAUUUAUGUUAUGUUAUUUGUAAACAUAACAUACGAUUUCUAAAAAUAGGGCACAAUUUUCAACACAUUUCGAAAUGUUUUAUCACUUUUAUGGUUGUUCAUCUGUGGACUCUAUGCGGGAGUAGCAAAAACAAUAUGGGCCUAAUGCCUAUGAGUCAAAAAGAAAGCCUAUGCGUUUUGGAAAUGUCAUUAUAAUAGAAUUUUUGUUUUAAUUUUUUUGUGUAGAUUAGUCGGUGACAACAUUGACAUUAAUAUUCAAGCAAAGAUUCAAAGUCAGACACAUACAAACCGUUCCAUCCAUUGGACCCAACAGUAUGCAAUCCGAAAUCGCAUAAACGAGCCAUCAUUUGACACGAAAAGUCCACAGAUACCCUUAAAAGACAUCGACUUAAUCCAGUUGCUGCCUGAUAAAAAAGUCCAGCAAAACCUAAAGAUGAGAUGGGCAUCGUUGGUGGGGAGGGUUAUUUGCAAAUACUUGGCAAAGUUCAAACACUUAAACAGUGUUGCUGUGUACCAUAUCAAUCAUGCAUAUAUUUAUAGUGCAGUCUUGGUAUCAGUUUCUCCAACUCCAAUGUGGCAAGUGAGAUUGCACAGCUGCUCCAAGUAAAUCAAAAGAAAUACAUUCCAAACUGCACUAUUUCUGAUGAAAAGAUCAUUUUAGAAACUGUGCCACUGCAUGGGGACCAACUAUUUGAAGAGAGGGCAAGGAAUACAAAAUGGACCUAUCAGGAUGGUGAUAAUGCCUGGGAUCGAAUUGAUGGAAUUUCUACCGAGUUUGCAGAUUGGCAUGCAAAACUUAACUUGUUCAUGGUUAGUUGUCAUAAAUACAAAGCUACUAUAUUUGUUUAUGUUUAGUGAGAGCCUGAGAGGUAGGAUUAUGGUAUUUAAAGUUUAUCUGAAAAAGCCUUUAACUAUGUACCACCAUGGCUGUGCAUUUAUCUUCAUGACCAAAUGUAAUUGCCAUUAGUGCCAAGUGUUUACCGUACUCUUUACAACAUUGGUGUAUUAUCUAGUAACACAAAUGGAUGGUUAUAUAUAGUUGACUGGUUAACCUACUUAGUGUAGAGUUAGCAUUUUUUUCAGAGAUUGAACCAUAAUCGAUAGGUAAAAUUGUGUGGCUUAUUAGCAAUGCAAAUUAUCCUUAUUUAGGUUGAGUUUGACACAUUCACUAAUCACUCUUCAGUAUCUGAGAUUGGCACUUCCCGAGCUAGCAUGAACAGAUCGAACAAGACAAAUGCAAGUAAAGGUGUUGAAAAUCAUUACAAUGAGUAUAAAGAUUUCCAUCGAUGUGAAGUGGAGGCACAUAUAUGUGCAUCAUUCAUGAAAAUGUCUGAGAUGUCAAAUAUGGAUGGUAAGGAUGAUACUUGGGUACAGUACAGUUGUAUAACCCAUAAGUAUAUAUAUAUAUAUCAGGGGCGGAUCCAGAUCGAUGCCAACGAUGCGAAUGCAUCGGUCAAAAUUGAGAAAUCAUGUUGCUUGAAAUAAUAUGUCGUCAAUACUUAGUCAAGCACUCAGUAAUAGAAUAUCUUUGAAUCUCUCCAGCUAUCAAACUGCAAAUAUUUGCUUAAACUUGACUCCAUGUGACUGUCCAUGUCGGGAAUACACUAUUUAGGAUGAAAUCCAAUUUAAAUUGUCUCAAUAACAGUCGAAAUUGUGAAAAUAAGUCCAAUAUGCGACGUGCGAUCGCAAAAGUAUUUUCUGUUAUUUACUUUUUAUUUUGCGACACUUAAGCGUGAAUAAUUUCGCGACAAAAUAUAUUAUUUUUUACCGCAUCCUUUGACGUCACAGUAGAAAGCUGAUGCAUCACCUACGUCACGGUAGAUUUUGUUUGCAUCGAUUUUCAGCCAUUUUGCAUCAGUGAAUGCAUCGGUCCCGAGUCCUUUUCCGCGUAAAAUCUACUGUGACAUCAUCAAAUCUAUUGUUUUAAAGCCCUACGUCACGGUAGAUUAGUCCGCUGAGCGAUGCAUCGCAUGCAGAUUGCGGGCGCUUGCAUCAGUUCACUGAUGCAAAUUUCAAAAUCAAAAUCUACUGUGACGUAACGAGGCAUUCGAUUCAAGUCAUGGCGGCAAGGAUAUGCAAACACAUAGGCAAAUGAACAAAUAAUGCGAAGAAAUAUCCCUCGAAUAUGAUGGAGAGCAAUUAAGUUACAGUCGAAUUAAUUACCAAGGUUUGGAAUGAAUUUGAUCUUUCAACUGAGCAGUGAGCACAAGAAUUGAAGUAUAUUUAUACUGUGAGAAUGUGAGAUGCCCACUACGGCCACUAGGGCUCUAAAGUAAGUGGAAUUUAUGUAUAUUUUACAUUGUAGUACAUUGUUAAUUGUUCAGUUCAAGAAGUGCAUAAAGUGGAAAAUUGGCUCCACAGUUAAUGUAGAUUUGUAUGUAUUUAUAACAUAAUAAUUAAAGUUUGUGUCUAUUUGAUACUGCUGUUCAUACCAGGAGGGGGGUUGUGAGGGGGGUGGGGGGAUGAGGUAGUUUGACAUUUUAGACAUUUUACAGUAUUUACAGAGAUUUGUUUGUCUGGAGGCAAACCAGCCCCAUUACCAAACUUGACAGCUUGCUUUACUGAGGCAAAUUUCAUCUCUGUUUACAUGGGAUUUAUAUAACCUGUGCCCAUGCAGACCUUCAUUUUUCUCACAGCUGGCGGGCAAAGAAAAAUGAAGACCUGAUAAAGUCGCAUGUUAUUAAAUGUUUGUGUCCUACAACUGCCUUUAUGGUUGUAACUCUGAUUGCCGGCUACUUCUAGCAUGAGUAUUCAUGCCAUAUUUAAUGUAUUUUUUUGAUAUUUUGGUUAGUGCUAUAUAUAAUUAAAUAAUGAUAGAUUAAAUAGUGAUUGUAACUAUAUUUAGCUUGUUGUUAAAUUAUGUGAAAUAAUUUGACAUUGCGCCUGGCACAUUUUGAUUGGAUACCGGUACUAAAAAUAAAACUUUGGUGUCGUUCAAGACUUGCAUCAGGCUCUGCAUGUACUGUAUGUAAUUACAAUGCAUAAUAAUAUUGCAGGUUAAUUAACCCAUUGAGUCGCAUUGCACCCUGAUGCACCCUAUUUUAGUAUUUUACUCUGUCUAACGCCAGAUGAUUUUACUCAUCAAGGGGAGAGCGCUGGCGCUUAAUGGGUUAAUGAGCUGGAUUUCUAAUAGUGAUGCAAUAUUGGUUAGAAAACAUUACAUUUCAUUUUAUAUGGAAAUGAGCUGGCAUGCCUCAUGACAAGAGUAUAAUUGCUUUGCACUGCCUGAGUUAUUGGGCAAUUACUGUACACUGGAUAUUUUGCAAGUUUACAAAGAUCAUUACCUGGGCGUGCUCGCCUACCAUAGUUUGGUACAUAUGCUUUGUCGGUGCAAAUAUCAUUUGAUAUAAGCUGUAUAUAUAUGUCAUUCUGUUGACAAAUUUUAAUCUUAGAAUGAUAAAAUGAUGGACGUUAUAAAUACUGUAUAUAACUGCAUGUAACUGGUGUAUAUAGGUUAUAAUUAUGAAAUUUGCUCACAAAAGUGGUAUAGAUUUAAUUAAAUUAUAUAUAUUUGUAGUGCUUAAUUCUCCCAAUACUAUGUUUUGGAUAACCAGCAUGGCUCUCUGAGGAUUACCAUUGAUAAGUGUACGGAUAUAUUUGACGAAGAUGUGCAUUUAUAUAGUAACACAGGGAAAAUAUUGAUCAAUAUUACUGCGCAGCCUUUCUACAUUGACAUCAUCUUAAAAGAGUACUAUAUUAAUAUAUUAGUUGAAAGGCAGGCAAAAGGGGACUGAUAGAAGACAUCUGAUGAUUCAAUUAUGUCAUCAUAUAUUGUUUAUCAUUGUACAGUUUGGUAGGUUCAUUUGACAAACAUUUUUCAACUAAGAUAGUUCAUUAAAUCAAUUUACACACAGUAUCACUAUAUAUAUAUAUAUAUAUAUAUAUAUAUAUAUAUAUAUAUAUCUAUUGAUUUAAAGUUUGGGGUCAUGUGUACCUAUAGUUAUACUUAUAGAAUUUUAAAACUCAGUGCUUGUCGUGUGUUAGUUUUACUGGUUUCCUGGUGACAGGGCAAUAUUCUCAGUAAUUUAGAGUGUGGGCUAGUCACCAUGCAAAUAUGCAAUUCACAUCAAAGGCAUCUAUUGCUAGGGGUGAAUAAAGUUGACAUACUGAUGCCAACAACACUGUCCAUACAGAGUAAGGUUAGCAGCAUAAGACAGAGUUGUAUAUAAAUAAGUUUACCAACUAGAGCACAAAAUACCUUUAUGCACCAUUCUAAUGCUAAAAAAGUUUACUCAUGGAACAUUGCAAAUUAGUGGAAAUGAAUAAGCCUCAGGGAAGGUGGUUAAGAAACCUAAUAACACUGUCUUUUGAGUCCAACAUUGCAACUAGUGGAUCACACUGUAUACACCUUUGUUACACGCAUGUGUGUAUUUGCGUUGUCGUGAUUUUUUGCCAAAAUGUUUUUCAAUAGAAAAGUUAAGGCUACAAGAAGCACAGUAGUAAGUACUGACUAUUUUUUAAUAGAGACUUAUGCACCGCUGCUGCUAGGUUCAAGUUUUUUACGUGCUUUCCAAAAAUGCAGCAAAUAAUUUUGUGACUCUGAUGUAUGAAUUGGAACAAAAGAGUUUGCUCAGAACGCAGGAAAUCGCAUUUCCGAGGUUCUAGAUUUCAAAAUUUCCCGGGGAGGAUACCCCCGGACCCCCGACAAUUGCGAGUUCUUAUGUAUGCAUCAGUCAGCUCAGGAGCUAGAUCCGCCCCUGUAUUAUAUGCUAUCUUAUUUUAAUAAAGAUGAACCUAAAUACGAUAUACCUGAUAGAGAUUCACCUAGAGAGGAUCAACGAAAAUGGUUUGUUGAAUUGUGCACAAAAUUUAUUGAAGAGUAUGUAACUGAAAGCAAAGAUGUUGACACUCUGGUGCAGCAGGUGGAACAGCUUGGACAGAGAAACACGACCCAACAGUACAUGUGCCGCGUGGAAGGGUGUAAUCAGAAAUAUGUUUUCCACUCAAUAAGAGUAAAGUAAGUGCAUGUAUGUCGAAGAAUCAAAGUUCCCAACUAUAUCUUAUAAAUUAAGGAACACUGUUGUUCCUAUAUCCCUUUCUCAUUUUUUUUCAGUGUUAGUUUACUCUGUUACUAGUGUGCCUUGCUUUCAUACUUUUCCAGUGCCACAAAAUGCUAUAGUACCUUAACUCGUUACUCACUAAUGAGUACAUAAGUAAGAUAUUCGGAAAUGAAAACUAUAUAUUUUCUACUAUAAAUUAUAUACUUUCUGUGACCUAAUUGACCUCAUCACCACACAAAAUUUGCUAUUUCUAAUCAUUUUUGCCAUAUUUUUUUGUUACAGACAUGAGGUUACAUGUCAUAAUGUCAUUUUCUCAAAAUAUGAAGCAAGUGAUGGUGAAAGAGAUGACUUUGGUUUUUACCAUUGUAGAUCCUCAUGUGGUUUUGUAUUCUCGAGCAAAACAACAAGGAACAGGUGUUGUUAAUAAUUUAUAACAUUCACAUAUAAGUCAGACCACUGAGGUUAUUUGUUUAAAGGGGCCCUACAGUCAUUUUUUAGUCGAAAAGCCACCUGAAGUAAUUGUUCACAUUUUUUUUGUUAUUGUUGCAACUUGACAUGCGCAAUACAGCAUGUAUGCGUUUUCCAUUGUGCGGAAGUACUCAUACUCAUGGAUACUGCAUGUAAGAUACAACCAAACGAAUCUCUGUGGAGUCCCCUACUUAAGGUGGCUUUUCAACUAAAAAAUGACUGUAGGGCCCAUUUAAAGUACAUUAUUAUGUACAAUAUUUUAAAAAUUGAUAACAUAUAUAAUAUAUUACAUAAUCUGUGUUAUAGGCAUGAAACUAAUAACCAUGGCCAGACCUACACAGAUGAUCAAGUCCUGAAACCACAUCAAAUGACUAAUCAAGAAGGAUGUGAAGAUCAUACAUACAACUACCAUAGGUCUAAGCUUACAUUUGGGCUUAUCUUGUUUGACUAUCAUGAUGCAAUUAAAGAAGGUGAUGGGGAGAGACUUUUUGAGAUCUAUAAGGUGUGUUUGUUAUUAUUCAAGGCUAACAAGAAAAGCAAAUAUGCAUAUGCUGUCUUCUUAUACCUUGUGAAGAUUGUUGCUAUCCUAUCUAAGAAAGAAGCACACAGCUUAAAAUGGAACAGAUUUUUUAAUAAGCAUGGUACGAAAGCAGGAAAUAUUCCUCUUGAUCUUAGAAUGGAACAGCUAAACAAGAUAGUGAAAACUAUGUGGAGAUCACUAGAGGCAAAUCUCAAUGAAACAUCAGCUGCCCGACUUGCAAAUACAGUUGAUGAAAUGGAACGAAUUUUGAACAGUGUAGACAAUGACUGUGGAAUUCAAUCAGCUGUUGGUUACAGAACACAAGGCAACCAAUUUGCUGCUGUACAACAAAUAACAAAAGAUUUGCUUACAAUUGGGGCAUUCACAUAUCAAGAAGGCAGACAAGGACAUCCAUCGUUUCCUAAAUUUCCACAUAGUCUGCUGGGAAGUUUGAAUUUCAAAGAUUUACGCUUAUGGAUGCUGGAACUUAUUAAAACCUGGGAACCUCUGUAUGAUCUAAAUAAGACCUAA